CUGCCCUUCUCAACACCCAACACUCACCAGCUCAUAACAAGACACUAUAUCUUCUAAUAGCUUCUAUCAAUUAAAAUGGCCUGCCUUUGCAGGCUACCAACAGAGUUACUCCAUCAGAUCGCAAAUUACCUCGACGAUAACUCCACCGCGAGCCUCGAACUCUCAUGUCGGUUGCUUAGCUACGCUAUCUCUAGUCGCCGCACCGAACAUUACGAGAACUUGCUGAUGUCUCGUUCUUUUCGUCCGUUUCUCAAGCGGCUUUGCAAAGUUCCAGAGCUCGCACAAUAUGUCAGAUCCGUCAGGAUUCGUGGCCCUCGAUCUCGCGAUCCAUAUCCAAAUCCAAAGUUUCGGGGUCAACAGACGGCCGUAGUUGCAUUAGUUAUCGCUACGGCCGAAGAAUUAGGCGUAUUAAAGGAAGAAAAUGCAAGUGAAAAACUUCCCCAUCAAGGGCGGAAACGGAAGAGAGUAUCAGCGCUCAAUACAUAUUGGGUCCAGGAUCUCAGGAAUGGAAGUGAAAGGGCACAAAUCAUAUUCAUACUUUCCUUGCUUCCCAAUCUCGAGCGGCUGGUCAUCGACGAGUUGCCUUGUCAAGUUCCCUACGAACCAUCACGGCUUCUGGAACAUUCUGCUAGCGCCAAGACCCUAAAGCACUUAGAGAUAAAUGCAGCAAAGGACGCCUUCGACGCAACGGGUUCAGUAGUAGACCGUGAUCUACACACCAUAGGAUCUCAACAUGCGCUUCAAUCAAUCCGGCUCUCAAACGUUUCCUUCCGCCAACAACCUUUUAUGUUUUUGCCAAGGUUCCAGUCCUCUAGCAUUUCCACAGUUAUUUUCAGCAACUGUGCAAUAUCAAUCGAUUUCAUACGCCUGAUUGGAAAUUCAGCGACCAAGUUGGAAACCUUUCACUAUAGGUUUGGCCACUUAGGACAUAGUUUUAAACUAGGCAACCCUUUUUUCCGUGCCUGUUUCCUCCUUCCCGAUGUGUUGACGGCGUUACUGCCAUGUGCGCAGUCACUAAAAUGCCUGGAACUUAUCUUCCCCGAAGACGAGUAUGACGUUCAAAACAUUCCACCGAUGGACAAGAGCCAUACCCAAACGAUCCUAGAUAAAUUUACUAUGUUGGAGACGGUUCAGAUCCCGCUUCACUUAUGCGAUCAAGACUGACAGAUAUUGUAUUUCUUCUCUUAAAGAUCAUAAGAUGGCAAGCUUAAGCACGCUCACUUCUAUUUACAUCUACUUUGCUAUGGGGCUAUGGUACCUAGUGUUGAACGAGAGUGCUCAUUGGGAGCCUCGACAUGUGUGCCGCCGGGGUGUGGAGAUUUAGAUUGGUGGUGGCACAUAGGCGGGCUCGCACCAAAUGGUAUCAAUAUUCAUUUCUGAAAAGCUACUGCUCGUUUGGGCUAUUUAAUCUAUUUAUUUCCAUAGUUUACAAUUCUUUGACAGGGGUUCAAUGACUUGCCCAUAAAUAGCACCCCAUAACCGGUCGUCUUUUCAUUGAGAGUCUCGGGACUCCCCAGUCAUGAAUCCUGU